GGAGUUUCGGCAGCGGCUGCGAAGUAGCUCUGGGACUAGGGAGACAGGGAAAGGGGGCGGGCGGUUGCUUGCGGAAGGCAGCUACGGGUCACGUGACGGGAAGGGCUCCUGACGGACGCCGUCCCUCCUCGGCGCCGCCUGAGCGCCCGGCCCGACCCCGGCCAUGGGGUGCUGCUACAGCAGCGAGAACGAGGACUCGGACCAGGACCGAGAGGAGCGGAAGCUGCUGCUGGACCCUAGCAGCCCCCCCACCAAAGCCCUCAAUGGAGCUGAGCCCAAUUACCACAGCCUGCCUUCCACUCGGACAGAUGAGCAGGCCCUGCUCUCCUCCAUCCUCGCCAAGACAGCCAGCAACAUCAUUGAUGUGUCUGCUGCAGACUCCCAGGGCAUGGAGCAGCAUGAAUACAUGGACCGGGCAAGGCAGUACAGCACCCGCCUGGCUGUGCUGAGCAGCAGCCUGACCCAUUGGAAGAAGCUGCCACCACUGCCGUCUCUCACCAGCCAGCCCCACCAAGUGCUGGCCAGCGAGCCCAUCCCCUUCUCCGACUUGCAGCAGGUCUCCAGGAUAGCUGCUUAUGCCUACAGUGCACUUUCUCAGAUCCGUGUGGACGCAAAAGAGGAGCUGGUUGUACAGUUUGGGAUCCCAUGAAGAGAGGGGUCCUUGGACAGCUCUUCUCCUCUCUUCACCCAUCUCCACCCUGCCUUCCUGGCCCCCAGCCUCACUGUGGCUUAUACAGUACCCUAACCUGCUACUAAUCACAGAGAAGAAUGUGGAGAAGGAGAAGAGUGAGGCUGGGAGCCUGAGCAAAUGAGGAUGGAGCAAGGGAGGGUAGAACUGUUCGGGACUGGCCUUUGAAGCCCUGGCCAGGGGUGGGGUGGGGGCCAAAAGGACAGGGCCCAGUAUGUCUUCACAGUCAUUGGGAAGGUGGAGAUACCACUAUGGGGGGUGAUCACCAGGGGACCCAGAGGGAUCCCCUUCCCACCCUUUCUCUUGGCCUCAGAUUCACUCCUGUCCCCCUCUCCCUGACUCACAUGCACCUCACUAGGGUUUGUGACUGGGGUCUGGACGAGCUUGAAUUUGAAUGAAUUGAGUUUGUAUUUCUAGCACCCUGGGUUUUUACAAAUCUGGUCUUUUUUUUUUGUUUUGGUUUGUCACCCUUGAUAAAGGAAGAAUAUUCAUUUGUGUGCUGGUUCCAGCCCCUCUGUCCUGCCCACCACCCUACUACUUGCUUCCACCUACCCUGAACAAUGAGAUGGGGGAAGAGGGGCAUCUUCUAGGGGCAUUAAAGAGAAAUCCAGGA